GAUGACGUUCGCAACUCAUAUGGCACUGCUGGGGCUGAAAAAAGUGGAGAUCGAACUGUUGUUUCAAUGUCAUGUACCCAAGUAAAGGACAGAAUGAUGCCCUAGGCUAAACAAUAGCAACAGGAAUUCAACGGAUAUUAACAUCCCGACGUUAUAACCCUUCCCAACAAUGUCAUCUCACGGCCCCAGGCUAGUGCUGAUGGGGAUACGGAGCACCAUUGGCUGCCUACAGAUAGCCAAUGAUCUCCGGCCGUCUGCAUGUAUACGAAUCGCCACUCAUGCCCACAAAAGAACUUACUACUUGGACUCGGCCUAUGGAGGUGCUGGGCAGACUCAGCAGAGUAAAGCGGAGCUCAUCUCACCUGCUCCAGGGCUCUCGCAGAGGAAUCUGUCUGCUGCGGCUGGGUCGCUAAAAAGCCAGUUCCGCCCCCUGUGCAGAUACGACUUCCUCGACCCGGAGGAGGUAGAGGAAAGCACACGCAAGGCACUGGCAUGCAGAAACCUGCGGCACUUCAUUGUGGAUCCAGAUUUUGCCCAGCUGGUAGCAAAUCACCUGAAAGGAGACCUGACAGAGAGGAACGCUGCCAUCUUUGAGUGCAAUCCUGGUCCAGGGGUACUGACACGGGCUCUGCUCAAUUCUGGGGCACAGCGGGUCAUUGGUCUGGAGAGUGAUAAGGGCUUCCUUAAAGAUCUGCAGGCUUUGGAGAAUAGUCUAGAUGGGCAGCUGGAGGUGGUGCACUGUGACUUCUUCAAGCUGGACCCCCUCGGACAUGGCACCAUGAAGCCUCCGUCAAUGUACUCUGACAAGCUCUUCAAUGACCUGGGCAUCUCUGAAGUUCCAUGGACUGCUGAUGUUCCAGUGAAGGUGAUGGGAAUCUUCCCCCAGCGGAAUGAGAGGAGCAUUCUCUGGAAGCUGGUCUAUUCCCUUUUCGAGCGCACGUCAGUUUUCCGCUAUGGCCGUGUGCAGUUGAUCAUCUUCAUGAGCGAGAAGGAGUAUUUGAAACUGGUUGCUUCUCCAGGGGAUCUGAAAACGUACCAGCCGCUUGGGGUUCUGUGGCAGAUGGCUUGUGAUAUCGAGCUGCUCCACAAGGAACCAUGGACAACUUUUGUGACCUCAGCAAAACGUAGUUCUUUGACAGCCCAAAAAACAAAGCUCCCGAAUGACCACCUGUGUUUGGUAAGGCUGACCCCCCGCCCAAGUCUUUUUUCCGGGAAUCUUACCCCUGCCAACGGAGCCACCCUGAUUAUGAUGGUCAAGCAGUGCUUAACUAAGAAGAAAGCCCUACUCAUUGAUCAGUUAAACUCAUGGUCUCCAGAAAGCGGAGCAAAGUUGCUUACUGAGCUCGGUCUACUAGAGGACAUCCGGACAGGUCACGUUUUCCCAGAAGAGUAUAAAAUCUUGUUUGAAAGUCUGCACCAGUCCAAGGAAUUCACCCAGAGCUGGCUGUACGAUGAGACCUUAAACACUCAGACCUCAGUCGUCCUGUAACAUGUUUUAGGGGCAAAACCUUCGUGAGCCCCUUUCAAGAUCAAGGGUAUCCUAAAACUAGAGGGGGACAGUGGAAGAGACUCUUGGAUGCAGUAGGUCAGUGCUGCCUGGCCACUGCAAAUCAUGAAGCCCUCCUUCACAGACAAGGUCUUCACUGUCCAGCAUUUGAUUAACAUAAAAUGAGCAAACAAUCGUCGAUCUACUGUAAACUUACUGCAGAAGUAAUUAACAAGCAUUGAAAUAUGGCUAGUUCUGUCCCCUUAUGUAAUGCCGUAUGUUUAAUUACAAUUUUAUAUAUAAUGGAUAUAUGUACAUAGUGUAUUUGGAAAUCAUGCUGUUUGAUAAUAAACCAUCGGAAUGAAAGGAUGCUGUUUACCUUAUUUGGGUGAUGUAAUAUAGUUACUGAAUUAUGGUCAAAGGAAAGUUAAAAGAUGUUCUGUAAUUUAUCAGGAAUUUUAGUAUUUCAUCAGGAUUCUCUCGAUAAUGUUGUACUGCUUAAAUUUUGUUCACCAUUCAGAAGUUUGUCCUCUGGUAAUAUGCAAUAAUAUAAGCCUCCCUCCAUAUGGACAAUUGAAAGAAAUUAUUUGUAAUAAAUAAUUAUGGUUUGGA